CCCAAGUCAAGUCACAAGUUGCUUUGUGAACGUAAAAAGUUUAAACGAGAAAAUAAUUAAAUACUUAAUUGUGCAUAAUGUGAAAAUUGUAUAUAAGAAUAUUCAGAUUAAGUGUAAACAAUGGAGACUACCCCGCUGUUAGCGCGGCCAAAACCUAAAUCAAUAUGGUCAAGGUUGAACUUUUUGAGGUUUCGUAAACGGGAGCUAUGCUCGAGAGUUAUACAUUUGGGACAGUUACCUGAAGAGGCAUAUCCGCCCAAUUAUGUGUGCAAUCAGAAAUACAACAUCAUCACAUUCCUGCCAAUAGUUCUGUUUGAACAAUUCCGGUUUUUCCUCAACCUAUACUUCUUAGUGAUGGCUCUUACACAGUUUAUACCCAGCAUAAGGAUUGGAUACUUGUACACUUACUGGGGCCCACUGUGUUUUGUGUUGGCUGUGACUUUGUUUCGAGAAGCUAUUGAUGACUUCAGAAGAUACAGGAGAGAUAGAGAAGUAAAUCGGCAGUGUUAUGACAGAAUAUCAAUGGACUACACACCCAUUGAGGGUUACCGUCCAUUCAUCACUGAACAAGUGCCUGCAUCCAAACUGAGAGUCGGUGACAUAGUGAUGCUGCACAAAGGGCAGAGGGUCCCUGCUGAUAUGAUCCUGUUGAGGACAAAUGAGACUAUGGGAACAGUGUUCAUUCGCACUGAUCAGUUGGAUGGAGAGAUUGAUUGGAAGUUAAGAAUACCACUUCCAUCAACUCAAAAGUUGCCUACAGAUGCUCAUCUGUUAGACAUAAACGCUAAGUUGUUUGUGGAGAAACCUGAGAAAGACAUACAUUCCUUCAUUGGUACAUGCACAAGGCUGGACGAGGAGGAAAGUGACUCUUUGGACAUUGAGAAUACUUUGUGGAGCGGGUGCGUGGUUGCCAGCGGUCAAGUGACCGGCUUGGUUAUUUAUACAGGCAGUGAGACUCGCAGUGUAAUGAAUAACGCGACCCCGAGGUCCAAAGUAGGUCGCCUCGACCUGCGCAUCAAUGAUUUCACGAAAGUUCUGUUCGGAGCCACUCUGUUCCUGUCGCUGCUGCUCAUCGUGCUCAAGGGCUUCGACGGGCCGUGGUUUGCGUUCCUCAUCAGAUUCGUGCUGCUGUUCUCGUAUAUCGUACCCAUCAGCUUGCGGGUAAAUCUGGAAAUGGGCAAGGUGUUUUACUCGUGGACUAUUCAGCGAGACAAGAAGAUUGAGGGCACCGUCAUGAGGUCAACCACCAUACCCGAGGAGUUGGGUCGGAUACAGUACUUGCUGGCAGACAAGACGGGCACUUUGACCAAGAACGAGAUGGUCUUUCAGAAAUUGCAUUUGGGGAACGCGCUUUUUGACAAUAAUAUAUUUCAUGAGGUAGAAGCACUACUAACGCAGCACAUUACCAAUGAGGAGCCAUCUUUGCCCACGUCGCCUGCCACCGAGGGCGCUGUGCUAGCGCCCACGCCCCGACAGGUGUGGGAAGCUGUACUGGCGCUCGCGCUCUGCCACAACGUCACUCCUGUCUACGACAUAGACGACCAGAGAGCUGACGAGGCUCAGUCAGAUAUGGGCAGUUCAGUGAUGUCGGAGAGCUGCGGUGGCGCGGUGCCGCAACAACAGCUGUGCGACUACCAAGCUUCUAGCCCGGACGAGGUGGCCUUGGUCAAAUGGACAGAUAUGAUGGGCGUGUCGCUGUACAAUCGCGAUCUGCACAACAUAUCGCUGAAGCUGCGCGCCGCCAACGAGAUCGUGCAGUUCAACAUCCUGCAGAUAUUCCCCUUCACCAGCGAGAGCAAGAUGAUGGGCAUCAUUGUGCAGGAAGAAAACAGUCAAGCGAUAACUUAUUACGUGAAAGGCGCCGACGUGGCACUGUCCAAACUGCUGAACUCUUCGUGGCUCUCGUCGGAAUGCAAGCUCCUCGCGGCAGAUGGGCUGAGGACUCUGGUGGUUGCUAAGAAGACGAUGACGAAAAACGAGUAUUUAGAAUUUGAGAGCGAGUACAAAGAAGCGCGGAUGAGCGUGACCGGUCGCACGGAGCGCACGGCGGCGUGCGUCGCGCGGCUGCAGCGCGGCCUCACGCUGUUAGCGCUCACGGGCGUGGAGGACCGCCUCGCGGACGACGUGCCCGCCACGCUGGGACUGUUGCGCGCUGCGGGUAUCAAGAUAUGGAUGCUGACGGGCGACAAGCUCGAGACGGCGCUGUGUAUCGCGCGCUCGCUGCAGCUGGGCGGCGGGCGGCGCUGGCUGGCCGCGCCCGAGUGCCGCACGCGCCGCGACGCCUACGCGCUGCUCAACGAGCUGGCCAACAACACGGACUCCAUCGACCUCAUCAUCGAAGGGGAAACACUGGAGGUGUGCCUCCGAUCAUACCAAGAGGAAUUCGUGGAGCUCCUGCGCAACUGCUCGGGCGUAGUAGUAGCGCGAUGCUCGCCGACUCAGAAGGCGAGGGUCGCGCGGUUGCUGCGCGCGCGAGACCUCGUCGUUGCGGCGGUGGGGGACGGGGGGAACGACGUCGCCAUGAUACAGGAGGCUGAUAUGGGCGUAGGUAUCGAGGGAGCGGAGGGUCGCGCGGCGUCUCUGGCGGGCGACGUGAGCGUGCGCGAGUUCUCGUGCCUCGCGCGCCUGCUGCUGCUGCACGGACGACGCUCGCUCAUGCGCUCCGCGGCGCUGUGUCUCUUCAUCGUGCACCGAGGCCUCAUCGUGUCUACUAUGCAGGCUGUGUUCUCCGUGGUUUUCUAUUUCUCGUCAGUGUCGCUGUACCCGGGGUUCCUGAUGGUCGGAUAUGGAACACUCUUCACUAUGUUGCCAGUAUUCUCAUUGGUUUUAGACAAAGAUCUUCCAAGUUCGAUAGUCUUAAAGAACCCGCAACUGUACAAGCAGAUGACAAAAGGAAGGCAACUCUCCUACAAGACAUUCUAUAUAUGGACGGGGAUAUCGAUUUAUCAAGGUGGAGUUAUAAUGUACGGAGCGCUGGUGCUGUUCGAGGAGCAGCUGAUCCACAUAGUGGAGAUCAGCUACACGGCGCUCAUCCUCACCGAGCUGAUCAUGGUGGCGCUGACCGUGGUGACGUGGCACCGGCUCAUGGCGCUGGCGGAGCUGGUCAGCCUGCUCAUGUACACGGCCACGCUGCUCAUCUUCACCACCUACUUCGAUGCGGAUUUCAUAAGGCACUGGGACUUCUGGUGGAAGGUGACUGUCAUCACGGUCGUCUCCUGCUUCCCUCUCUACGUCGUCAAGUAUAUGCACCGCAAGUGGAGCAACCGACAGUACAAAAACAUUAAAACUAAAUAAUUUACUUCAAUGAGGUGAGUUUUCUGACAUAAGCGGAGCGGAGGCAGACAGACACAGGAGCGGAAAGAAACGUGAGCGGAGCGGAAUUGCUAAGAAGCGGAUAUUAAAAGAAUAUAACAAGGAUUUGUAUUGUCCAUGCAUAUAAUUAAAUUUGGUAGCCUUAUUUCUAUUUUCUAUUUUUUCAAGUGGUCUUAAAUUGUUCAUGAAAAUUUUUUGAGACGUGAUUACAUGAAAAUUUUAGUUUUUAAAUAUGAUUUUGACAAUACGAGCCAAAACGCCUGUCGGCCAUGACAGUCUAUAUUACAACAGUUUCAUGACGUCACUAUAGCGCGUUUGGACAAAAAUAUUAGUUAAAAAUUUGUUUGACGUUUAGUGUGUUAGUGACGUCACAAAACGGACGACAGCUUUUUUGACGUUUGGAAAAUUAAGAAAAUACGUGAUAUUUAAAUUAAGUUUUUUAAGAAAUCCUUAGCUUUUAUUAAUAGAUAUAUAUUUCGGACCUUCAUUUCAUGUACUACACGAAAUUAAUAUUGUUUAUUUUAAAUUUGAUAUGAGUCAACUACCCUAUGACAACCUUUAUUUAUAUAUUAAUAUUACUUCUAUAUAUAAACAAAUGAACUAAAAAGAGAGAAAUAUACAAUUGAUUUAGCAUUCCUAUGCGAUCUAAGUACGAGUAGAUAUCGAAUGAACUGUUUCCGUCAAGGUUAAAGUUAAUUAUCAUUUAACAUCAGAUAAAAUUACAAUCAAGUUAGCUUCAAUAUUAUAUAUCGCUAUGUGACUGCUCAGCUGAGUAGAAAAGCUCUUAAGAUUAUUACUGAUUUAGUCGUACGCACCUUCUAGAAUGAGCGAUGCCUCAUUAGUGCUUUGUGUCGUCGUUUCCUAUAUAUUUAAAAUGACAUGCCACAUUAAGCGUUGCCUCGUCGCACGUGACGUUUCAACAGAGCUUUAACUUGUUUUAUCUGUUACUAGCGGACUCCCGCGACUUUAUCCGGGUGGAUUUCAGCUUUUCACAAAUCCCGCGGGAACCAUGGAUGUUAUUAUACAUAAAUACCUUCCACUUCAAUCACUCUAUCUGUUAAAAAAACCAUAUCAAAAUCCAUUACGUAUUUUAAAGAUUUAAGCAUACAUAGGGACAGAGAAAGCGACUUUGUUUUAUACUAUGUAGUGGAGACUGACUUGCUCCGUGCUCUGUGACGUCGUACGUCGUCGCAACGGUGCUGUGUCAUAUAAUGCAUUGUUGCGUUGCGACGCCGCAACGCAACACACUAAUGAGGCAUCUCUUUAACUGACGAUAUUAAUAUAUUAGAAUUACAAUUGACUUCGCGUUGUAUCAGUGGUAUUAUAUUAUGAUAUAAGUCAGUGAUAACCUUAAAUGACAAAAAGGAUCAUUUUAAAAGUUUUAACAACAACGAUCCUAUUAUUAUAAAGUUAUGUUAUAAAAUCUAAACAAAUGAAAUAGCAUUUUGAAUAUCUAUUAAGUUUUGCACUUAGGAUAUUUAGUAAUAUUAGGUUACGUAAUAUAAAUUUAUUUUGUAAAACAUUAAAAUUACUUUUGUAAUUUUUGUUACAUCAUGUUGUUACAUCAUUUUGUUACAUAUGUGUAUUUUUUUUUCUUACAAAAAUGUUAUUUUUUUGGUUUACACAUUUUAAGAGACCUUCAUCACAAUACGUGCUGUGUCAAGGAUUAAUGUUUUUUUUAUUCCGACAAUAAUUCAGUGAAAUAUUCGCUGAAUUUAGUUUUGAAAACUAUUAUUUAAUUUAAAAUAAUGGUUUUCAAAACUAUUUUAAAAAAGAGCAGACGAUUUACAAAUACAAUUAACAUUAACGUUUUAAUGUUAAUUGUAUUUGUAUUUGUGAAAACAAAACACAUUUUGACUAUAAUAGUUAAUUUUUUUUAUAGGAUAUAUAAUAGGGUCUUAGUCCUUAAUGACUUUAAAAAAGAUUAUGAAACUACAGCUACACUAAUUUUUUCUGUCUUUUACUUUUACACUAUUAUUUUUAAAUACUAUAAUUUUUAAUGUAUUAAUAUAUUUUCUAGUUCUUAUGUUACCUUAUGAAAUUCACAAUAUUUUAUAUUAUAGUCUGGCAAGUUCGUUGAUAACACUUCCAUGAUAUGCGGGCGACGGGCGGAUAGACUGCGCGGGUGUGUAAUCGUGCGUGCGGGGAAGUGACGUGCAUCAGUCGUGAGUUUUUCAUUCAUCGCUACACGUCCCCCAGCCCGCGCGCAACAUCGGGAUUGUUACGAACGAAGUUGCCAAGCUAUAGGGACUUUUAUAAUGUCUCACACAAUGUGUUUAAUAACUUCACUUUAUUUAUAGUAUUUCUACACUAUAGUUCUAUUAAGACUUUUAUUAUUAUUAGCGAAUUCUUAGGUUGCACACAAUCACAUUUUAAUAUAAAAUGCUGUAUUCUCGUUAAUUCAUAAUAGUAUUCAAAAACGGUAUUUUUGAGAAAAUUGGGUUUUUAAGUGGAACCUUAAAUAGGCGCGUUAACAGGUUUUUAGUGGAAGGCAGCUUGUUUUAUUCAAUAACUAUUUUAGACAAUUAUUCAAUAAAAUAAAUAGUCUUUUAAUAAUCUAGACCAAAAAAUGCAAUAACACUUUCAGAAUGAGUUCAGUAAAAUAUAGAUUACACAAAAUUUUUAUUGUAACAAAAAAUUGUUACAAUCAUUUUGGGUCUUAACAUCCAAAUCAGUUUUUCAUAGAUAAAUAAUUAAUAUCUCUAUAUAAAUAAUAUAUCUUGUUAGACAUGAAAUUUAGUGCCUUCCAAACAUUAAAAUAGUUAGAUACGGUAAUUUUUAACCGACUUCCAAAAAGGAGGAGGUUCUACGUUCGGCUGUAUGUAUGUUUUUUUUUUUUUAUGUAUGUCCAGCGAUAAUUCCGUCAAUUAUGGACCGAUUUUGAAAAUUCUUUUUUUUAUUAGAAAUCUUUUCUUAUUUACGUUAAGUUUUAAUUUAUUGAAUUCUUCCAAGUGUCCUGCAAGAAAAACACGAAAUUAAACGACUAAUCUCUCAAUUAUUUUAUAUUAAUAUUUGAAGGGAUCUUACCAUAUCUAACGAUUUUAAUCAGGGUUACUUUAUUGUAUCAGUAUUUAUAAAAUUAUUGUGUGUGAAUUUUCAAUACUUAGGUCAUUAGGUGUAUACUUGUAUGCUUUAAAGUUAAAACAAAUGGUAUUGGUAAGUAUAACUUUAGUCGAGUAAUCGUGAACUAUAAAGUUACCUACCGCUACAUCAAAGCAAACAGCUAAGAAAAUACAGUGAAAUUUGCAAUUUUUUUGGACAGUAUAGAGAUCUGUUGUUUUUCUGCGGGUAAUUAUGUAUUUUUUAUGUUAAAUUCUAUUCUAAUAACUGCACAGGUGAGGUGUGAUUUUGACGGAUGGAUUAACUAUAUAUAGAUAUAUGGCACUAGCGCGUCCAUACUGAGGCGGACAAAUGUGGCUAAUUGUCUUAAUUUCAUUUAGCUUAUUAAACAACAAAAGUUAUUUAAAGAAAUUAUACCUAAUUAUUGUUUACAAUGUUCAGGAAAUGUAAAAUUUAUAAAUACUGUAGGAAAUUGUAGUCUGAGACGGAUAUGACGUCAGGUGGCGCAACUUGUUUCCGUAAAGAGUGGGGAGUUAGAGAGGGGUACCGAUCGGUCGGACCGAGCGGGAACUACUUGUGAUAUAAUGCGCUCGUCGUGCGGUCGGCCUCACUUUGCCAUUCUAGGGUCUUAUUUUGGUUAUACUUUGAUUUGUUAAUGAAGUUGUCCUAACAAAUAUUGUGGAUUAUCUUUGUUCGACAUUGGUUUCUUAUUAUUUGUAAACCACUUCUGAUUCUGCUAAAAAUACAUAAAUAUAUAGCGUAAGUAAACACAAAAUUGUGCAUGUGUGUAUGGAGUAGCUGAGUUUAGAUAACAUUUUGUAGGCACGUAACGUAUCUAUAGUAUAAAAUAUCGUUGACUAGCAUAAUGACUGUUCAAUUCAGGGAUAAUUUAAUUGCUAUCUAUAAUAUAAAAUAAAACUAACAGUGCUCAAGUUUUGCCGUGCUGCUUUGAUGGAGCGGUGUGGUAUAUCAGCGAUGUCCUUUAAAAAUACUCGACGUCCAGUUACCAUUCCAUAAAAUAGACAAAAAAUGUAAAUGAGGGAAACUUUAAACAAUUUAAAAUGUUUCAUAUUUGUAUUAAAAUAUAAUGAAUUAUUGUUAUGAUUAGAUAUUUAUGAAAACGUGUUGUAGUUUAUUAAUGUUGCAGAAAAUGGGAACUGAGAUUGAAAAUUAGAUAAGAGAUAGUAUUUUUAAUUUAAACUGUCACUCAUGAAGCUGAAUGGAAACUACUGUUAAAUAACAGUAGCUGCUUAUACACAAAAAAAGGAAAUGUAAGAAAAGAAUAACAGACUUCAAAACAACAAAAAUGCUCUAAAGCACGAAAAAUAAUAUUGUAUACUCGUAAUCUAUCUACCUACUGAUCGUUAGAAAGAAAACUGUGCUAAGCCUAGUAGUGCUAAUUUAAUAUUUUUAAAUUCAGAAUAAAUUUUCCAAAAAUAUCUAAAUUCAAACGACCGUAUACGCGCAAAAAUUACUCUAUAGUCUGUAAUGACCCUUAGAAUGAAAACAUACGAAUAUCUUUGUGGUGUAGUGCAGGUGGUGAUAAUGAUAUAAUAUAUAGUAAGUAUUUUUGUUAGUUUGAAUAUUUCAAAACUGCAGACCGUAAUUUCAAUAGAUAUUCCGUUGUUGUAUGAGUAGGUGUAAUAUGUAAAUUCAAUUAAUAUUCGGUACUUUAAUAAAUACGACACUCCAGGACGAUCUUACAAUAGCAAUUUUUUUGUUUAUGAAGUCCGUUGAUUUCUUUUUUUUUUUCAAGUUUUAGUCAUAUAUAGAAAACUGUACUUCUUGUGAAGCCAUUAGAGUUAAUGGUCUUUUGACGGGUUGCAAUUGCAAAUGGUUGGUGUGUUCCCAGUCCCAAUAGAUAAAUGUCAUUUAGAUCCUCAAUUCCUAUGGACCAAUGGCCCACCGAAACCCCAUUUUGUUCCCGUGUUUGCUUAAUAUAUUUAUCAUACUUAGACGUAAAAUAAAAUGAUACUGUGAUUCCAAUUAUUCGAUUAGCUAGAUGCGUAUUUACCUUUAUUAUAUAAGGACAAUUAAUUCCAUAAGAUUAGGGUACGGAGCCUUUACACACUGCGAAUUUUCGACGCGCGUUUUAAAGCGCGACAGAUGCAAACCGCGACGCAGACGCGUUACGACCACAUUAUAUAUAGCAAAUUACUAGCAGACGCCGCGCGGUUUUACACACGCUCUCAUCCCCACAGGAAUACGGGGAUAAAGUACGUAUAGCCUAUUAGCACUCGGAGAUAUAGCCUGUAGCUUCCCAAGAGUGAAAUAUUUUUUUCAAAUCACUUCAGUAGUGUCAGCCUAUUCAAUACAAAUAAACAAACAAAUCUUUCCUCUUUAAAAUACUAGUAGGUAUAGAUAAUGCAUUUAUAGCCAUGCCAUACAAGUAAAUAACCUCUAAAUAAAACUGACAUAAAUAAGUAGUUAAGGUUUAGCCGAAACAGAGAAAUAUAAAUAUUCCCAUGUUCGGAAAAAAGGAACUAAUUUCUUCUACUAGCUAAUUGGAAACUAACGCGACGUGUGUAAAGGCUCUUAAAAAUAUGAUUUGAUAACUUUUAACAAGGUACAAAGUGUGUGUUUUGUGAUAUGCAUAUUUAUUUUCAUAGUUUAUAAAUUUGUUAGAGAUUUUAAUUUAUGAUUUACGUAAUAUUGAUGUUCCAUUAUUUUGUGUUACUCACAGUUGACAAAUUUAUGUAGGACACCUGUACCUCUAUUUAUAAAAUAAAAAAUAUAUCAAAGAUAA